ACCUGAAAAGGAGUUGUUGAAGAUCUCAGAUGGAUCCUAAUACCACUGACAGCAAACCUGACUUCCAGAUGUCAGAGGAAGAAGAUUCUAUUCCAAAUGUUAAAAGAUCUCUAAAAAGGAAACUGGUGAAACACAGCACUCCAGUGAACUCAACGUUCUCAAGAAAAACACUGUCUCCCUCAGGUCCAAUGAAUUGGUCAGUUAAGGACCAAGAUAUCAGUAAGAGAUCUUAUGUAUCCCCAGUGCCAAAAUCAACUCUAGGAAGAUCAGUAGCUCAACCAUCACUAGCAAGUGUUGAAACAUACUUCCCUUAUAUGUCUCCAAAGAGGUUUUCAUCAGUAUUUGACUUGCAAGAUUCCAGCAGAGAGAUAAGCCAAAGUUCUCGAGUUGUGUAUUCUAGAAGACGACUUUCCACUGUGUUGGCAUCUGAUGAAUCAAAUGAAGAGGCAACUGAGAAGGCUGUCUCAAGUGUGGAAACUCAAACUCCCACAGAAGCGUCUGAAAAGUCUGCAGUAACUCCCAAGAGUGGAUCUUCACAGUUUUUUGGAAUACCAGGAAUAAAAGAUCCUCCAGUGUUGAAAAAGAAGAAAAUUGAUAAAGCUAUUGUGAGAAAGAAACAAAGAGAAUGGGUGCUUCGCCAACUUAAAAACAUUGAGGAAGCAACUAAACAUGAAUUAACAAUUGAAGAAGCUUGAUUAAGCAUGUUUGAAAAUAACGCGCUUCGUGCUUAUUUUGUGAGUAGCAGAUUCCAAUAAAGUGCACAUCUGACUAAUCUGCAGUGCCUGUUGGACUUCCUAUUCCCUACUGAAGUUAGUGGGUUAGUUCUUGAAUUCUGGGUUUCUUCUUGUCUCUUAUUAUUAAGAUGUCAGCUACUGCUUCUUUGUGAAAGAAAAUGUUUAUCUUUCAUAGCUAAAUGCCUAGAAUAAAGGAAGGGAGAGAGUUAAGUAAAAAUCAUUCUUCAUCCAGCCACAGCUACCACUUACCACAAUUGUUUGUGUAGCAUUCAAAUCUUCUAGGGUUGCUGAUGUUCCUGAAGUGACAAAGUCCUAGUGGCCACAUGAAACAUCCUGGUUUGUCAGUGAAGAGUCUCCUCAUCUAAACAGUAAUAAAAACAUGCAAUCAGAAUUGUUUUUACUGUUAGCUGGGGAGAUGAGGAAAUAGUGAGAGGCACCAGGUUGGGAGUCCAAUCUUUAGAGAUUACUAUCACAUUUGAAGAUUGGUUCUGACUUUGCUCUGGCUUGUAUUUUAAGCAUGCUAUGCAGUCACAUCUGAGAUCAUUACUGCUUCACUUGGUGUUUUGAAAGUAUGCUGGUUUUUGUUGUUUGUUUGGUUUUUUUUGUCCCUUUCUCAAGAUGCUGGGGUGGAUGUUGACAUUUUAGCUUAAAGCAGCUGUUUGUGAAGCACUUGUCAAAACACUUGUCAAAGUAAUCCCAGUAGUAUAAUGUUUGUGUUAAUUCUUUCUGUUGCAUAUAACAUCUUUAGGCAGAUCACUUCUAUAUUAUCAGUCGGGUGUCAGUGACAGGGACCCACAACAGACUUACCACUCAUCCCUGUUCUGAUGUGGUUCUAGUACAGGUGCUUAUCUAACUGUACUGGUUUUGAAGGCAGCAAUCUGUUUUUCCGUACUAUUGAAUUGCUCUAAAGGGGAGAGAUCCUGUUCAGAUUAAGUUGCAAGCUAUAGAAAGAUGCAAGGGAACCAAUUGCUUUUUCCUUUGCACUCACUGGAACUUGUCUUCUGUCCUAAACUAUAGACAAGUAGAACUAUGGUCUAUGCCAACCAUUAGAUGCACAAAAAUACAAGAGCAGAGUUGUGGUUUUGCAGCAUCCUGUAAGAUUUAAGUGGAGAUGGGAUGUUUUCACUAAUAAUUCCUGACAUUAAACUCUCCAGAGUUGCUCAGGGGAACAGCAUGGUCCUCAGGUGCAACUUUCUGUGGUAGCAAGUUCAAGGGGUGAUACUGCCCCUCAGGUUGCCUGUCAAAGCAUGCUCACUUGGUUUGAUGUUUAAUUCUCGUAUUUGUGUGUUUGUUUUACAUAGAUUGUCUCGGUUCCACAGGUUCCUCCAGUAGCUGAAAUACUGUCUGAAUGUAGAACCCAAGCUGCUCUGAAGCAGAAAAGAAAUGGUCUUGUUGAAGAAGUGCUUCUAUUUCCUUUGGGUUUAUGUUCAUCAGGGACAUUAUCAGCUUCUGUGAUUUGUGCAGGGGGCUGAACUAAGAUCAGGCAAGUGCAAGGAUAAAAUAAAACCUUCCUCUACCCCUAGGAAAAGCAUAGAUUAGUCCGGCCACAUUACUCAACACUUAAUCCAAGUGACCCAGAUCUGUCUCUUGUUUAUUUGUACCAUCCUAGACAGCCAAUUACUCUUGUUCCUUUCUCAGGCUUCUUGGCCUGGUCGCAGAAAGUCUUGAUCUUGCUGCUGUUUUUCAUUCUCUGAACUACACUUCAAAGUCACCCUUUCCUCCUUCCUGAACCUGUUUUCAUGUCUUCAAAUGUCUCCAUUUAAUAUCAUCUCCAAUCUGGCCUCCAGUGGCACCUUCCUUAUAAAACAUAAGUCUUCUAUGCCUGAUUUUCACUGCUGCAUUCCUUCCCAUCUUCAAAGGCCCCUCUGAUACUUGAUGUCAGUCUUCUGUCAAAACUCAGUUUCAGCUGUCAUGCCUCUGGAUGCCUUACUCUUAGGUUGAUUUAUCCAUUACGGAAAUCAUUGAAGGCUGUCUGAAAGAAGAUUCAGUCCUUGGUGGGCUAGCAGUCCAUGCAAUUGGUGAGAAAAUCUUGCUCAGUCCUUAUUUCAGGUUAGCUGAAAUACAAGAAGAAUCUAGGGAAUAUGGAUGUUAAAAAGUCUUAUCCAAGGGCAGGACAAAGCUUUCUAAGGUUCAGGAGGUGGUAAACAGUGAGAGAGUUUUCCAGGGAGCAAGUCUGCUCCCAGCCAAACUUAUGAAACUAGUCAGUGGUAGUAAAAUCCUGGGGUCUUUCCUCAGUGGGGGCAAACUAAUUGCCUGGAGUGGUAACAUAGAAUUGACUUUGACUGUGUCUUUACAAGUCCUGCAGCUGUAUCAGACAGAUAAAACGGGGGGCUUUCAAGAUGUUGGAAACUGCUAUUAUUUCCUCUCUGUGGAAUGUUUAUAAAGAAACACACUACUUUAUAUCGCUUAUCUCAGAAUAAAUCCUCAUUAAUUUUGAAAAUUCA